AUGGAUACCAGUACUGAUUCCCAGCCAACCAGUCGCGCAAAGCCCAGACGGCAUCCACGGGAACCGCGAGAACAACAUGACAGCACUCUCCAGGUUCGGAGGGAAAAGAACCGCCAGUCGCAACGGCUGUUCCAUGCUAGAAGGGUUACCGAGUUGGCACGACAUGCAAAUCGGAUUUACCACCUGGAGGCAACACUUGAGAAACUAGGCAAUACCUUUAUCCAGCUUGCCGACGAACUUCUAGGCUCCAGUCUACCAAAUGUUGACCCAGCUUUAGGUCAAAAAAUCCAUCUGUUGCUGCAGAACGCUCUGUCUCUCAUAAAGGAAAAUGUGGACGUGGCUGCCUCGUACGACAUGGCCGAGCGGAGUAAUCCAUUGCCGCCUCAACAACAGGAAGCUGCCGCUGAUUUCAAAGACGCAAGCUCUAUACAAGCACACCGCGGUCGUGUUGAAGGUUUACAUAACCACACCGAGCUAUGCAUAGAGUCCAGGGCUGGGAACCUUCUAAUAUCGGAUGCCACCGCUGCUCAUCAUCAGUCAACUAUUGGAGAUAUCCUCGCAAACUGUGAGCCAUCCAAUUGCUUCAACCUAAGCUCUGAAAAUGUAUUCGGCAACGGCUGGAUGCAGAUUCCACGCGUGGUUGAAUCUCUCAACUUGCACGGAUCCGUCAAUCAGUCUCGUCAAGUCUCGAUGAGCCUGAUGGUUGUCAGCUCAUCUUUGUAUUAUGCAUAUCACUCUCUACUUGAAUCAUUUGAUUCGUCAAAUACUAUUUUUCGAUAUGCCCUUAACAUUCACACCCGAGAAGAGCUACUUUUUAAUUUGCGAUGGUUCCUCGGGCCUGGAAACGGCGAAAUGUAUCGCCUAGCCAGCGCCACCUUCAAUACUCUGCCGCUCAAUUGGCCUUCUGAGGUGCCAUCUUUGCAGCCGAUGAUUAACUCAGAGAUCAUCUCUGAUGUAGAUGGUCUCGGUCCCAAUCAUCCGGCUAAUGAGGGCGCGUUUCUCAAUGCCGACCAAGUUACAUCGUACCUAAACUUGGAGUCACUUCGAUACGUCAGAGACGACGUUCUUGAGCUCAUCAUCGACGAUUCUAUUUAUAGUGGAUUUGGUUCUGGUCUCUCGGGGGAGUAUUUCAAAAAUCCGUCUUGUUUUCUCAAUGCAGAUUUGUUCUUUCCAUCGGCUACUGGAGGGCGUUCGAGUAGAGACAAUAUUUCUAUGGCAAUGCGGAAGUCAAGCAUCUUUAUCUCAAAGUCGGCCCUGUUCAAAAACGUGUCAAAUAUCUCGCUCUGUCUCAGCUAUGGGCCCGGAUUCCGAAAGGACUACCUUGAGGGAGCGCUCUCGGCAUCAAUCAUAGGUUGA